UCUGCAGGGUUCAGACCUCAGAGCAGCAGAAGCACCAUGGAGGACUCCACAGGCAGGACGGCCAAGAAAACCGUGGCGGUGGUGGGCGGUGGUCUGGUCGGGGCGCUGAACGCCUGCUUCUUCGCCAAAAGAGGCUUCAAUGUGGAAGUCUAUGAAACCCGAGAAGAUAUCCGGCGAGCCGAAGUGGUGACGGGCAGAAGCAUCAACCUGGCUCUGUCCCACAGGGGCCGGCAGGCGCUGAAGGAGGUGGGGCUGGAGGAGCAGAUCGUCUCCAAGGGGAUCCCCAUGAGCUCCAGGAUGAUCCAUUCCUUGAGUGGAACACAGUCCCAGAUUCCUUACGGCAGGAGAGGCCAGUUCAUCCUGUCAGUGGACCGGGCCAACCUGAACAAAGAGCUGCUCACAGAGGCAGAGACGUUCCCAAACACGAAGCUGAACUUUGAUCACAAGCUGCAGGACUGGAGUCCUGAAACGGGGGAAAUGACCUUUGUCAGGUCUGACGGCUCGGCCCGGCGGGUCCGGGCGGACUUGGUGGUGGGCUGCGACGGGGCCUUCUCCGCCCUGAGGAAGAGGUUCAUGCGCCGCAGCCGCUUCGACUUCAGCCAGACCUACAUCCCCCACGGCUACAUGGAGCUCACCAUCCCGCCCGCCGCCGGCGGCGAGUUCGCCAUGAAGCCCAACCACCUGCACAUCUGGCCCCGCAACACCUUCAUGAUGAUCGCCCUGCCCAACCUGGACAAGACCUUCACCUGCACCCUCUUCAUGCCCUUCGAGGAUUUCGAGAAGAUCACCACGGGCGACGAGGUCAUCGACUUCUUCCAGCAGUUCUUCCCCGACGCCAUCCCGCUAAUCGGAGUCGAUGCUCUCCAGAGGGAUUUCUUCCGGCUGCCCGGCCAGCCCAUGGUGUCCAUCAAGUGCUCCCCGUACCACAUCGGGGACAAGUGCGUCCUCAUGGGGGACGCGGCGCACGCCGUGGUGCCUUUCUACGGCCAGGGCAUGAACGCCGGCUUCGAGGACUGCCUCGUCUUCGGGGAGAUAAUGGACCAGAUGGACGAGGACUUCAGCGCCGUCCUGCCGGAGUACAGCAGGGUGCGGGUCCCAGACGACCACGCCAUCGCGGACCUGGCCAUGUACAACUACAUAGAAAUGCGAGCCCACGUCAACUCCAACUGGUUCCUCUUCCGGAAACGUGUGGAUGACCUGCUCCACUUCCUGCUGCCGAAGACCGUCGUGCCGCUCUACACCAUGGUGAGAGGAUGAGUCUACACCAUGGUGAGAGGAUGAGUCUAC